UUCAGUUCCAAUUUAACAACACCAUAUAUCGCCAAGUCGAUGGCGUAGCAAUGGGUAGUCCACUCGGUCCAAUUAUGGCAGAUAUUUUUAUGGGGUAUCUUGAAAACACGAUACUUAAACAGGCAAUUAAUGAAACAACCGAAUACUCCAGAUAUGUGGACGAUACAUUUAUUAUCUGUAAUAAUAAACAACAUGCAAUCCGCCUGCUCAAACUCUUCAAUAACGCUCAUACUAACAUACAUUUUACUAUGGAGCACGAACAGAACGACAUGUUCCACUUUCUUGAUGUUGCCAUAAAACGAAGGAGAGACGGGACAGUUCAACGCUCAAUUUAUAGAAAAAGUAAUUGGAAUGGCCUCUACCUAAAUUUCAAUAGUUUUUGUCCAAUUAGUUACAAGAAGGCGUUGGUUAAAACACUAUUUUACAGGGCAGAAAAGAUAUGUACCACCGACAAACUGGAAGAAGAAUUAAUGAACGUAGAAAAAUGUCUAAAAGAAAACUUUUAUCCACAAAAGUUUAUUGACAAAUAUAAAAGGCCCAAAGAAAAGAAGACGGAAAUAACUAUGGUCAAUAAAAAACCAGUAUAUAUAAAUCUUAACUUUAAAGGUGAUGACGUCGCACAAAUUAUCAACAAGAGACUGAAUACAGCGAUAACCAGAACUUAUCCGGCUGCUAAACUUUUAAUUCUCUAUAAAACAACAUGUUCAAUAACUCAAUCAAAGAUCGACAAGCAACCCUUUCAGGUUACCGCCAACUGUAUUUAUAAAUUUACGUGUACCUGCCAAAGCAGCUACAUCGGCCGAACUGAAAGGAGAGCAUAUCUUAGAUUCUUUGAACAUGUUCCAAAAAGUCUUAGAACAAGGGAAAGGAAGACUCUGAACAGUGCAAUCACCAAACAUCUCCUUGAUACAGGACAUCAGGUAGAUACCUUACAAUCCUUUAGGGUGAUUAGUAAGCAGCCAAACUCCAGUCUUCUGAAGUUUGCUGAAGCCAUUGCCAUCAGGCGUCAAAAACCUGACCUAUGUAUUCAAAAGGAGACGGUGGUUAAUCUUUCCUUGCCCUGGUGACAAAUAUUCCUUCACUACACCAUAAAAUUUCAUUUUAUUUUAUUUUUUUUUCUCUUUUGCAUUUAUUACAUCAUUGACUCUAUUUUAUUUUUUCAACUAUCUUUCAAAUUAAUAAUCUUUCAACUGAACUCUACUCACUACAUUCCUUCAAUGUUAUUCAUUAUGUAAUCGAUUGUUUC